CCUGAAGUCCAGUGCCGUUGUCCAUGCUCCGAAAGGAACCAAUGGUAUUCAGGGGGUAAUCGUAAAUUAGGUGAAGGGCUCAUCGAAGUGGUUGAACGCCACACAAUGACUAUAUUUUCUCAACUGUUCCCCAAACUCAACGAGGAUUCCGAAAAUGGCCCUAGCGCUCGGGUAGCUGGUCUUUUACAGCGGAACCCGUGCAGGACUCGGAUUAGAAAUGCGAGAUUUUUGCCCUUUGUUCCUUCCACCACGGAGUCCGUAAGGUACUGUUGUUUACCAUUUGUCCCUAAUAAACGACGGUCUCACGAUGGCUGCGGAUGUGGGCUACGAGCCCACCAAGAUCUGGACCACGCUGCUCUCCAACAGAGCCUAUCUGGCCGGGGCACUGGUGCUCGCCCACACCCUGCGCAAGACAGGAUCCCGAUAUCAACUCAAAAUCACGGUGACCCGCGAUGCCGAGGCGGAUAAGGAGUUGAUGAAUGUCCUGGCAGCUGCUGGUAUUCCAACCAUCGUCGUCGACAAGCUGGAGCCCGGGCCCAGGGCAGACGGCAGGGUCAGCAGGAAGGGUACCUGGGAGAAGCUUGCGCCCUGGGGAUGGACCGAGUAUGAGCGAAUCGUGCUGCUGGACAGCGACCAGAUCAUCCUCCAGAACAUCGACGACCUGAUGACCCUUCCUCUCCCCGAGGGCUUCAUCGCGGCGAGCCAUGCGUGCACUUGCAAUCCGCGCAAACUCGCGCAUUAUCCCAAGGAUUGGAUCCCCGAGAACUGCGCCUUCACAGCCGCCGACAAGACCACCGGCAACCCACGACCCAUCACCGAUUCCAGCCCGGGGAACCACCACCUGCUCAACAGCGGCACCGUAGUCUUACAGCCGUCGAAGGAAGGCUACGACGCGCUGAUCCACACACUCAACACACACCCAGACGUGCCCGACAUGCUGUUCUUCGACCAGGACCUGCUGGCCAUCGUGUACCGCAAUAGGUGGACGCCGCUGCCGUACGUGUACAACGCGCUCAAGCCGAUGCGGGCCUGCCACUGCGACCUCUGGCGGGACAAGGACGUCAAAAUCCUGCAUUACAUCCUCAACAAGCCCUGGCAGAGCAGGACAUACGACGGCAGCGAUGCGGUGGAGUCGACGCACAAGCUGUGGUGGGAUGCGUAUGCCGAGGUUGAGGAGGAGUGGACGCAGAGCGCCGACGAGAGGAAGCGCAAGCUGUGGUACAGUGUUGUCGUGUCUGUCGUUGCGCAGGCUUGACGGGCAAUCGAAUCGAUGCCGGAUGGCGAGCGGCAGUGGUUGAAAGCGUGCCCCCUAAUAUUGGAACCAAUGUUGAAUGACAGGGUCAGGCGCUCGUCUCGGCGGUGUCUCUUCUGCGGUAGCUUCCGGCGAUGAACACCUAGGAACGAUGGACAAAAACUGGAAUGAGACACGACACCCCAACCAAGCAGGGUUG